CCGGCGCGGGGCAGCAGAGGGCGCGGCGGCCGAGCUGAACGCGGCGCGGGACGCGCGUGGGGCGCAGCGGGCAGAGCGCGGUCGGAGCCCCGGAGCCCCACGCGCCCGCAGCCUGGCGGACAACUGUUGCGGCGGCGCGCGUGGGCAGCCCCGCGCCCCUGCAGGCGGCUCCCGCGGGCGCCGGCUCCCGGCUGCAUAGCGAGGAGCGACCGGCGCGAGCACGAGGCAGCGCCGGACGGGUCAAUGCCAGCCGGAUGAUGACCAGUUGUGGCCAGCGGUCCCGGAACGUGCUCGCAGUAUUCUCCCUGUUGUUUCCUGCAGUCCUGUCCGCACACUUCCGGGUCUGUGAGCCUUACACGGACCACAAAGGCCGCUACCACUUUGGCUUCCACUGCCCCCGGCUCUCGGAUAACAAAACCUUCGUCCUUUGCUGUCACCAUAACAACACGGUCUUCAAAUACUGCUGCAACGAGACGGAGUUCCAGGCGGUCAUGCAGGCGAACCUCACAGCCGGCCCCGAGGGCUACAUGCAUAACAACUACACGGCACUGUUGGGAGUGUGGAUUUACGGCUUCUUCGUGCUCACGCUGCUGGUCCUGGAUCUGCUCUAUUAUUCCGCCAUGAACUACGAUAUUUGCAAGGUUUAUCUGACGAGGUGGGGGAUCCAGGGACGGUGGAUGAAACAGGACCCCCGGCGGUGGGGGAACCCUGCUCGAGCCCCUCAGCCGGGACAGCCGGCCCCACAGCCGCAGCCUCCCCCUGGUGCCCUGCCGCAAGCCCCCCAGGCCGUGCACACACUGCGGGGAGACACGCACAGCCCACCCCUGAUGACCUUUCAGAGCUCAUCUGCCUGAAAACCCUUUUGCUGUGCCUCAGGAUGGAAGAGGCUAGACCCGGAGCACCUGGUGCAGCCUCCAGGAGCAGCUUCAACCAAGACACCAGGGAGAGCUGGGGCAGUGAUGUGGUAACAAAAGAGGAAAUACCACCUGUGCCCAGAACCCCCUUCUGUGAACUUCUGAGAUUAGGAGCAAACUCAGGGUCCGGGGACAGGGUGCAGGAAAGGGGCUCUGAGCCACCUGACUGCAAGCAAUAGUUCUCUCUGGGGCUGGUGGCUUCUGAGAAGAGACUCGGUGUGGACUGAGGUGACCAACACUAAGCUAUCCUGGCUGACCCCAGCCAGAGGGAUUUGAGGCCAUGAGUUGUACCAUGGUCCAAACACUGACGUUUCCCCUGCCUCCGCCCCCUCCAAUAGCGGCCCCCUUAGGCCUAUCUGUGUCGGAAUAUUGAAUGUGAGUGAGUGCGCGCACGUGUGUGAUCAGGGUGUUUCUAUAUGUUCAGUCAGUUAGCUUUUCAUUGAGCCCCAUUGCCACUGGCUGCAGGUUCUCCGAUGAGCACAAGUUGCCGUGUGGCUGAGGAGUCUUGCCCAUGUCCUUGUCUGAGGCUCAGGCCUCUUGCUGUGGCCAGCAACUGUGAGCCGGUAGAGUCGGUAGGCACAGGGCCCAGCCUUCCUGCGCCACAAGCAGUGGGGACUGGAGCAUACCAGUGACGGUUGGUUCUGGUGGAAUCUGUUCCCAUAGUAGCAGUAAUGAGGAAGCAUCUUAACUGGCUGGGGGCAGCCUAGGUUGGAUGUGUUGUGUGUACCGUCACAGCCCCUGGGAGGUGGGGGUGCUAAUGUCAUUGGAAAUGGUGCAGCUCGGGGAAGGGUGCCACAUUUAUGUGGCAGGAAGAGAUCAGCUCCAUAGUUUGGCCCCAGGGUGAUGAGAACCUGAGUUCAGAUUUUGUUCCCAGGGUAUAACAGGCUCCACAACCAGGUCCCCCAGUGUGGUCAUUGAAGCACAUACCUGACAUUUUCCCAGUGAGUGCAGCACCUCUCCAGCCCAGGUCCCCCACUGUCAUUGCCUGAGCCUCACACUAGCCACAUGUCUGCUGUGCACCAGGGUUGGCAUCGAUAAGGUCCAGAGAUGAGAGGGGAUGGGAGUAGGGGGUGGGGGUGCAGUGAGGGGGUCGUGCUUUGCCGUGGGGUGCCACACCUUGAAGGGAGGAAACCACACAGCCACAAUGAUGGGUCCUAUGGAAACCCAGAGCACAGUGUUCUAUGAAUCUGUCCACUUAAAAUGGGGGUUUCCAAGAAAGCCUGGGUGCCUGUAACAUCUGCCCAAAGAGUUCAUCGUCUCAGUCCCAAACCCAGUGGCCUGGGGCACACCAAAGGAAGGGCAUCCCCCAGAAGUGACCCUGUCAAUCUCCAGAGGCCGCAUUGCCAAUAUAAACAUGGCCAUCUCACCCGUAUGAAGGAAGCCAAAGUGUCCCUUGCCCUCCUGUAGCCCUGUGGCCCAUUCUUCCUCAAGCUGCAUCCUCGCUUGAUCAGUGCUGUCCCCAUAUGGGUUAGUGACCUUCCCUCCCCCACGCUGUGGGCAGCAAGGAAGGAAGAGCCACAUGGAGGUGCCCAUGAAGGCCACAAAGGUUUAUCAUGGAGGCUGAGCGGGGGCUGGGUGGUCAGAGAGGUUUAAGCCAGGGCCUAAAUGAGAUCUAGAUAAGAGGAAUGUGCCCAGGAAAAGUGGCAGCCAAUCCAAAGGCCACAAGACUCUCGUGCCUGUCAGCUUUCUAGAAGCAAUCCAGGAUGGCCAGGAGCGGGAGCGGCAGAGGUGAAGGGAUGGAUCCACAUUUGGGUCUCUGUGCGCACCUUAGUGGAUCUCUGUGGUCACCGUAAUGGCGUACACACAAGGCUUCGCCACUGAUAGUACUGUGUUCUAGGACAUAAAGCUCUUUCCACUCUGGCAGGCUCCUCAUUCUUCAACCCACACGAGGGAGGGAUAACCCCCAUUGUAGGCAUGGAUGCUGUCACCCUGAUGGCCCUAGAGGCCUAUAGGGCCAGCUGGCCUCUGCCUCUGCAGCCAGCCUGCUGUGCUCUGCACACACCCUGGAGAGCCUAUGCUCAGAUCUUGAUUAAAGGUAGACAUGGAUCUUCGCCCACACACUGAAACAUCCUAGGGUGUGGGCCAGCCAUCAACCUGGAGGGUUCUUAGUAGUGGACUGGCUGGAUCAGGCUGCACUUAACCUGCCCCUAGGCAGAGCCUCUGCAGGGAAAAGGAUCCUGCGGCUAUUAAGAUAGAGAUUCUGAUAGCACAGGAGCAAAGUGAUCCCAGGCCCUCCUGCCUCAGUUUCCCCAGUACUGAGAGGAAGGAGUCAUACCAGAUAUUGAGGCAACUUCUGGAUUGUGGUGGCUCUGGGUGAUACUCUCGAAGCUGCUUGCACAGGGCUCGGAGCUACUUCCUCUGUGAAGCCUCUUUCCUCAGGCUCAGGAAGGGUCAAGGCCAUGCAGACAGCAGGGUACUGGGUGGGGGUGGAGGUCCCCGUCUGAGGCCUCCUAGGGAAUAGCUGAAGGUUCCCAGGAAGCUUCUGAUUAGCAUCUGCUGGGAUGCAUCUCUCAUGUGUGUCUGAGGCUAAGAAUCUAGACACUGUCCAGGACACAGGAGCACCCCCCAUCCCCAGAGGACAAUAUAGCCUUUGACUUAGCAGGUCCUGGGCCCUCUGCUCCCUCCCAGAUGACUGACCCUGGCUCACCCACCACCCACCUCUCUGAGCCUCCUUUCUUCAGUUGGCAAACAGGGGUUAGAGGUCAGGGUCUUACGCAGUGCCGCCUCCAGAGCUACUGGAGGCAAGUGCUGUGUCCAUGUGUGUGUGUGAGUGCCCUGGGUGGGCUGCGGGACCCCAGGUGACCAUGAUGAGAGUCUGUCCCCUGCCCGUGGUGUCUGUGGGUGACAGAUGUGCCAAUGAGUAGCAUGUCCUGAAAGGACCCCGAGUAGAGACAAGGUCCCGGAGAGUGGUUGAGCUGUGUCUCUGCCGAGCUUCCUACCGCUGUCUCCUCCAGCUGCAUCUGGCCUCUUCCUUCCCAUGAGCCUCCAGCUACAACACAUGCCAGCAGCAACAAGUAGCCACAGGAAACAGAGAAGCUGCAGACACUGUGUGCCCACGGAGGGGCAUGGAAUGUCCUCGUGUCUGUCUGGCUUUUUCCCAGUGGGAACUCUGUGUCCCUAGUGAUCAGUGUUAUGCCCUGUCAUCUGUGUGUGCUCUGGAGCCUUCUUUCAGAACUCCUCGCUGGUUGGCUGUACUCACCAAGGAAAUGGCUUGCUCAUCCCAUGUGGGAGUGGCCAAGCGUCUGAUGGUCACUGUAACCAGUGUGCAACAGGCCUUAAUCCAAACAGGAGCACUCUCGUGCACAUGUGUGCACACAUACACACACACACACAUGCAUACCCAGGAAACACAUACAUGUAUACACGCAUAUACACGCACCCACACAUGUGAACAUAACUUAUACUUGUUCAUGUGUCCAUACAUGCAGAUGUACACACACAAUGUAUACACAUAUGCACAUGUACAUGUGUGCAGAUAUAUACACACACCUGUGAGUGUAAUUUGCACAUGUUCAGUAAUGAACACCUAUGAACAUACAUACGUAUACUGAGAACAGAUAUAAGUACUCAUGUAUACAUGCACACCCUCAAAUACCACAUGCAUAUGUUCACACAUGUCCAAAAAUACAUUCACACACAUAUACACACAUAGAUAUGCUCUGCAAGAGGCUGUGAGAAGAUCCUUGGGCUUCCAGACAUUUCUUAGCGGCUUGUUUUAAUUUGUCAAUCUAGCUGCUUGAUUCCCACUAACAGGAAUUGCUUGGGAGUCCCCCUGGCAUUUGGGCACAGGUGACAACCUGAGCAGGCAUUUCCUGUGUGUGUGAAGAGCAUGGAGCCCGUGUACCGUCUGCCUGGGAGCUCUGCUGGGGCAACGGCAGCCGCGGGCUGAGUCACACAGCUUACCGUGUGUGUCCCAGUGUCUGCCUGGUCAGAGGAUUGUGAGGGGAUGAUGUCCUGGGGCAAAGGUGGUGUUCUGUGCCCUCUAGAAAACGAGGCUGUGUGCCUACCAUGUGUCAGGUACCACCAUGGUUUCCUGCCCCUUCUGCAGCCUCAACAAUGUGUCUGCGCUUCUUGGCUGUGGUUGGAAUGAUUGACAGCUGAGGCCAUCAGUGCAGGACAUGUACCACCCCUAUGCUGCUCAAAUCCUCAUCUGCUCAGGAGACACUCGCUGAGCAGCUUCAGCGUCCCUGCUGUGUCGUUGGCGCUCACCUGAAACCUCUCCUGUGCAGAGCCUGGUGUUGCAUUAGAAAACAGGCAGUGGUCCCCUGACAGGCUGGCGGUCCCCUGACAGGCUAGCAGUCUACCACUGCUGACCCGACUCUGUGCCUAACAGAAACACUCCCACUCAAUAAAUAAAUAAAUGAAUAAAUACAGAACAUUUCUCUGUCCUUCCCACAAAAGUGACCUUGGAGGUGGCGUUACCUGUCCCACUCCACUGUUUCCAGUCCAGACUCCUGCCAGGUAGUCGGUGCUAGAAAUGCUUGAUUUAAACUGUGAGUCAGUCACUCGGGUGGUUAACACUCCUAUCUUUACGUCAAAGCCCUAACCCGUUUACCCUUGACAAACUAGAACCUCCCUCUAAAAUAUUGCAGUUAGUGUCAACUGUAAAUUAAGUGUGGGGCCAGCAGCUAGAGUCACGGGGCCACCAUGGCCUCCCAAUCGGUUACAGCUAGUACCUGACUUGUGUGAGCUUUUUAGGCGUGUGUCUCAGUUUCUCACAUCUGGUCUCUUUCCCCCCACCGUCUGUGUUCAAGCUAGGGGGAAAUGUCCCCUUCAAAUGUCCACAGGUGAGCAUAUGGGCAACGUGCAAUAACCAACAAAGCCACAGGACCAGAGCCCGGCUGCCCUAGAGAGGCAGGAGCCCUUCCUGCAAAGGCCUUGUUCCUCCCUGGGUCCAUGGGACAAAGCAGGUAGACAGGAUGGAGCAGGAAGGUUCUCUAGGCUAGAAAUGCCAGGCUCAUGUUGAGCAGGCACAGGGUCUCUCUCGGAGCCCACGACCAGGAAAAACAAACAAACAAAAAAGAACAAAAAAAAACUAGUAUCAAUAUUCUCCCCCUACCUAAUCCGAUGUAAUAACGGUGUGUGUUACACUGGCGCUGUCUCGCUGUGUUUGUCUUUCUAUAUAGUGGUUUUUAUAAUGACGUCCUUAGUUUUAAUAAAGGAGAAAUCAAGU